AUGGUGUGCAACGGCACGGAGGUUCCACCUUCAGCUCAAGUGCAGCAACAUGGUGGAAGGGAUUAUCACGAUGACAUACGACAGGAACAAAUGUGGGAAAUGCAGGCACUGACCACCUCAACAAACCCCAAUGGCAAUGGGAGUAUAAAUAACAUAAAUAGCGGCAAUUCCAGUGAUCAGGAAUUGGCCUCAAGUCCCAAUCAUCUAAUUGAGGGUGGCAUCACCGACAUGGAUACAUCGAAUGAUGAAAAAUCGGAAGAAUCAACGGGUAUGGAUUGUUUGGCCACGGAGAAAUUGGAAAGGUUAAGGGCACCCAGCAGUAAUGGUAUGGCGGGUAUGGUGACAACAAAUAUUGCAGCGGAUCCAUUGAAGUUGGCAACAAAUGCGGCACCAAUCCAUCAUCCCUGUGCCAUGACCGUAACACUGCAGCAACAAUUAUCGGCCGUGGCCGCAGCCGCCGCUGGCAUGGGUGGCAUUUUAAAACCCAAUCCCGCAGCAAUGACCGGUUUGGCCCCCACCCAGCCCACAACAGGUCUGACAUUACCUCCCACAGACACAGAUCCUACAGCCGCCUCGGCAUUGACUUUUUUAGAGACAUCGGGAACACUGUUACAUCCUGCCCUGAGAAAUGUAAAGGCAAUUAAUAUAGCUGGCAAUCUAACACGCAAACGCCCUCUGCUGGGCGUGCCACGUUCCAGUAUGAAUCCGACCAAACGCACGGUUAUGACACUAUUAGCUAGAACCAAAAAUGCCCAAGCGCUGCAUGCGUCCAUUGCAAAUGUUGACAUCGCCGUUUAUAAUACCGCAUCAUCAUCAUCAGGCCAUGGAUCAUCAUCAUCAUCAUCAGACAAUGUUGCCAUUGUCUAAGGAGAGUCUGAGUCAAGGUGUUUAAA